ACGCUAUGAUGACAAAAUGUUAAAUGACUUAAAAAUUGUAAAAGCUUCUGACAUUUUCUGAAAACUGUCUUUUGAAAAAUGAUAACAUUUUCAGUAUUUUGUAUUGCAUUGUUAUCUACAACUGCAGCAGCAUUGAAUUGCUCACAAAUUCCAGAUUCUUAUAUCUAUGCAGGUAAUGUAUUUUGGUAUCCAAAUAAUUCUUCGAAUUACGUAACGAUUCCACCUAACUUCAAUUGCAACUAUAUUAUCAAAGCCCCAAUUACAUCAUCUGAACUUUUACAUGGAUAUGUAGUGUUAUGGAAUUUGAUGAAAGGAGUAAAUGAUUAUAUUAUUGUGACGGAUAGUUUGGGAGCAAAACAGACACUUAAAUCGAGAAGUGAUAGUUAUCUAACUUAUGAUGUAUUUCCUGGAAAAGAAAUGUCAAUUCAAGUUGUUACAAAAAGUGUUAAUAUGGGAUCUCAAUUUAAUUUCAAAGUUGCUUAUUCGAAAGUAAAAGUCGGGCCAACAACUGCAAUGAAAACUGGAGGACUUAUGAACUUUGUCAAUCUUGAAUAUAUCAGAGGUUCUGAUCCUCAAUUGCCAAACGCUGUGAUGAUAAGGGGAAAUGAGCCAAUUUCAGUCAGCUUGGCCACUUCUCGGUACAUGUAUCCAACUGAUUUACUCUACAACACAUUUGUAAUUGAUGGAGAUUUUUGGAAUCAAACAGCUGUUUAUAGGCUUUUGUCACUUGAAGGAACUGCUCCGUUGGUUACAACUGGAAAUGAUGUUACAAUUGUGACGUUUUUCAAUGAAACAUAUGAUGCUUGCGCAGUCGUUUUGAAUCCAAAAUCUGAAGCUGACAAUUUCAGUUAUUUAACAUCCCAAGCAAGUGUUAAUGGAGAAAUUGAUAAGAUUAGUUUUGCUCCAUUAGAUCAAAGACAAGCAGUUGAAGUUGUUGCUGUUCAGAAUACUAAAAUUAUUAUGGAUUCACUCGUCUUUGAUACGAAUGUUGGACCUUGGUGUAUUGCAAAAGUAGUCUCCGGACCACCAAACAAUUCGUCUCAACUACUUCUCGAUUUGUCAAAAGCUCAAGGAAUGAUGCCAUAUGUGUUUGAAAUGCAAUACUUCACAGUUAUCGCCGAAGAAUGCUCAUUUUCUUUCACUGUCACAUCGAAUAAUCUAUAAAUUAAAAAAAAAAAUUUUCAAAUGAUAAUUCAAAUAAAUAAAGCUCCAAAUUAUUUGGUUCAGAUUUUUUUUUCGCCUAAAAAAAGUAAUGUUUUCAAAGAUUAUUACCCCCCCAUAUUUUCUCCAAUUUGUUGAUCAGUGUGUUCUAUAAAUUAAAAUUUCUCUCACAGCGGAUCCAGUUCGAAAUUCGAAUGAAGACUUUUG